AGAGAGUGAGUGCUGAGCCUCAGCCAGGACACUGGGAGCCCUUCUUCUCUGCCAGCUUGGAAUGCUAUCUGUGCUGGCCCUCUGCCCUGCUGUUGGACUCUCUAACUGGACACCACCAUGCCUUCCUUCACGGUGGGUCUCCCGAGGGCCCAGGGCAGUGGUAGGAUGCGAUGGAUCUGUAUGUCCUGUAUGAUGUGGCCCGACGAUCAUGAAUCUUCAAGCUGCCACACCUUCCUCCCGAAGACGUACAACAAGCUGAAGGCGUGCGUGGCAUGUGAGCAGAUGAUCACCACGGACGGGAGUGUUUGUCGCGUUUGCAAACUGACAUGUCACAAGAAAUGUGAAAGAAAGGUCACGACCUUGUGUGUGCCUCCGGUGAACUAUGAACUGCCAUCCAGUGCCACGACCCCACUCAACCAUGUAGGCAGCACAGGCUCCACCAGGUCUACCAGGAGCCUUCCAUCACGUUACAGACACUCCAGAAGUGUGAGCCCGACUCAGACCAUGGAGGAGAGGUCAGACCUUAACCUGACGUACAUCACCGAGCGAAUUAUCUCCGUCACCUUUGCCAGUGGCGUGGAGGAGCAGAGUUACCAUGCGCACCUGAAGGAGGUGGCACAGAUGCUAACGUCCAAACAUGGCGAGAAUUAUCUCCUCUUCAACCUGUCAGAGAAACGGCACGACAUCGGUAAACUCAACCCCAAGGUGGAAGACUUUGGAUGGCCUGACCUUCACGCACCCCCACUGGACAAGAUCUGCAGCGUCUGCAAGGCCAUGGACACCUGGCUCAACUCUGACCCCCAGCACGUUGUCGUCAUCCACAACAAGGGGAACUGUGGUCGGACAGGAGUGGUUAUCGCCGCCUACAUGCAUUACAGCAACAUAUCCGCAAGUGCUGACCAGGCAUUGGACAGAUUCGCCAUGAAGAAGUUCUACGAGGACAAAAUAUCAUCGGUGAUCCAACCCUCGCAGAGGAGGUACGUCCACUAUUUCAGUGGACUUCUCUCCGGAACCAUCAAGAUGAACAGCAAACCUCUGUUUCUGCAUCAUGUCAUCGUGCAUGGCAUCCCCAACUUCGAGUCCAAGAGUGGUGUGGCCCACGCACCUUCUGGAACUGAGGGUCAUCGAGGCUUCUCCUUUCCUGCAGGAUGUCGACCAUUCCUGAAGAUUUACCAGAGCAUGCAGCCUGUCUACACCUCAGGAAUCUACGAUAUUCCGGGAGAUGGUCAGACCAGCAUCUGUAUCACAAUCGAGCCAGGACUCAUGCUGAAGGGAGACAUUUUGCUGAAGUGUUAUCAUAAGAGGUACCAGAGUCCAGCACGGGAGAUUGUGUUCCGUGUGCAGUUCCACACAUGUGCAAUCCAUGACCUUGGUGUUGUGUUUGGAAAAGAGGACCUCGAUGAUGCCUUUAAAGAUGACAGAUUCCCCGAGUACUUCAAGGUCGAGUUCAUUUUCUCCUUUGGUCCGGAAAAGAUACAAGGGAUGGAACACCUGGAGAACGGGCCAAGCGCGUCGGUCGAUUACGACACUGCCGAUCCACUCGUCCGCUGGGACUCGUACGAGAACUUCAAUACUGAGGUGGAGCAGAGUGGAGAGGGUGAGGGAGCGCCCAUGGAGAGAGAAGCAGACUUCACGUUGCAGAAUGGAGACCCUUUGGCAGAACUGGGGAAGAAAGCUAAAAAAGAUGUGGCGCACACCCAGGGGCCGCUGGACGGGAGCCUGUACGCCCGCGUGAAGAAGAAGGCCUGGGCAGAGGGCACGGUGGGCCCGCUAAGCGCCGGUGCUGGGCCCCCGGCCAGCCUGCCUGACCACCUGGAGCACACGCUGUCCGUCAGCAGCGACUCAGGCAACUCGACGGCCUCCACCCGCACCGAGGAGCAGCCACCAGCCACCAGCGCCGGUAUCACGCCCGAGGAGCGGCGGGAGCUCGACCGGCUACUCAGCGGCUUCGGCCUGGACGGCGCGGUGCCAAUGCAGGCCCGGGCCUCAGGCCAAGGCCUGGGCCGGGCCCCGGGCUCCCGCCACGUGCUGGUGCCGGCCCAGGUGCACGUCAACGGGGACGGGCCAGCCAGUGGCGCUGAGCGGGAGACCGACAUCCUGGACGAUGAGCUGCCGGGCCUGGGCACCCGUUCGUCGUCGGAUGGGGCGCUGCUGGCCGCCGCCUGCCCUGGGCCUGCGCCAGGCCCCGCCGCCCGCCCUCUUCCCGUGCUGUCGGCCCCGCAGCACGCCGCCUACACUGGGCCCGAGUGGGCACCGCGGCCGCAGAUGGCCGUGCUGCAGCCGGGCAGCGCGGCCUCCGUGCCCCGCUCGCUGUCGUGCGGCUCCCGGCCACCGCUUCUGCCCCAGGCGCCGGCCCGUAGCACUAGCAGCCGCCAAGCCGUGCAGCGAGGCCUGAGCGCCUGGCAGCAGCAGGCUGCCGCCCAGGGCCCACCCAGCCCCCGCCACAGCCUGUCCGAGCCCAGCCUGGCCGCGCCACUGGCGCCCGGGCCCGCUUCCCGGCAGGAGAUCGAAGAAUCCAUCGAGGCCCUCAACACGCUGAUGCUGGGCCUGGGGGCUCCACCCUCACACCUCGGCCCCAGCCUUAGCCCGGGCCCUGGGGCACUGCCCUCACACCUCGGCCCCAGCCUGGGCCCCGGGGCGCCGUCCUCACGCCUUGGCCCCGGCCUCAGCCUGGGCCCCGGGACGCCGCCCUCACACCUCGGCCUCGGCCCGGGUCCCGCCGCUGCCACCCGGAGGGACGCAGACACCAGCCUGGGCCCCGGGGUGCCACCGCAGCCUCUCGCCCCGGAGAAGGCAGUCACCCCGGACACAAUGGACGGCCCGCAGGACGGGGAGGACUACAGCCUGGAGGGGCUGGUGGCCCAACGUGUGGCAGGAGUGAGAUCGCGGGCCAUGAGCCCAGUGGAGACAGGCCCGAGUUCGAGGAGACGGACCACCAGCGAGGGCCAAUAUGAGAACGGCAGCGACACCUCCUGCAGUCCCCCCGUGCGCUCGCCUGUCCGCUGUGUCUCGCCGGAGCUGGCCAGCUCCAUCGCUGCCAAUCCCGGGGGAUGGCCCAAGGAGUCCAACAUGCACAGCUACAAGGAAGCAUUUGAGGAGCUGGAAGGAGCAGCACUGAGUCCGAGCAGCAGUGUGGCUCGUUCUCCGCCAGGCCUGGCCAAAACCCCGCUCUCGGCCCUGGGUCUGAAGCCUCACAAUCCCGCCGACAUCAUGCUGCAGACCGCGGCUCUGGGACAAGAGCCCAGGAGUUACGUGGAGUCCGUUGUUCGGACAGCGACGGUGGGUGUGAACCACCAGCAGGCUCGUCCAGUGCCUCAGAGCUACCCCGUGGAGACUCCAGCCAGAAACACAUCCAUCCUGUCAUCAUUCACAUCCCCCACCUCAAUCUCAACCAGCAGCCCCCUGCCCGGCAUGGAGAGCCCAUUCGUCAGCAGCUGCUUGUCGACAGACAUCAAGGGGCAGAGGACCUCGCCACCUCAGUCCUCUCUGGAUUCCAGUCUGAGGUCGACGAGCCUCUCUCACCCUUCCUUCACCGAGGGAAGCUAUCUCACCACUCCACCCAACCACUCGGCGACAGGCACCGCCAGCAGCUCGGGCACGGACACCGGGAGGGUCGAUUCCACGCUGAGCCCCAGCAUGCUGUAUCAGGACCGACCUGCCGGCUCACAACUCAACAUGACGGUCAGCGUGGGACAUCCUGAGAGCCCCCAGGCCCUCCACAGAACAGUGGCCACCAACACCUUGCCCAGCCCCUCCCUGAGCAGGAGAAUGGUGGGUGCAGUGGUGCCUCCUGGCAGCCCGGGUGUGAGCAGACACCCCUCCAGUGCCCACGGAACCCUGGUUGGAUCAUCGGGAAGCCCCAUCCUGCCCAGAUACCAUGGCAUCAUCAGCACUAGCGCACCUGCCACCCCCAGCAGCCCAGUGUCGGAGCCUCACCCUCUCUAUGGCUUCCCCACCCCUGUGGCCCAGUCAGAGGAGCGGUAUCCUGGCCUGAGCCGCCAGGGCAGUUCCAUGGGCUACUCCGUCCCUGGGACACCGGGCUUCCCCAUCUCGCCGGCGUACUACAACUCGGGGACCAGCGGCAUCUUCAGCCCCACGUCCAACGGCUCCCCGCCCCUCGGCCGCUCCCCCAAGGGCAGCCCCCAGCCCCUGCUGCCCGAGAAACGCAGGAUGUCCAGCGGCGACCGCUCCAACACCUCCACCAACUACGCCACCGUCAACGGCAAGACCAUCUCGCCCGUCUCCAGCGGCAUGUCCAGUCCGAGUGGGAGCAGCACACCGAGCGUGGGGUUCACGCACACCCUGCCCGACCUCUCCAAAAUCACACUGCCCGCAGAUGGCAGCCCAGAGACCCGAGCCAACGUUAAAUUCGUCCAGGACACCUCAAAGUACUGGUACAAGCCAGACAUCUCCAGAGAGCAAGCGAUUGGCCUAUUGAGGGACCGGGAUCCUGGAGCGUUCAUUAUCCGGGACAGCCACUCCUUCAGGGGAGCCUAUGGAUUGGCGCUGAAGGUCUCCACUCCUCCUCCAACCAUCACUCAACAAAGUAAGAAAGGUGAUCUAACCAACGAGCUGGUCCGACAUUUCCUGAUUGAAACCAAUGCCAAGGGAGUGAAGUUGAAAGGCUGCCCCAACGAACCAUACUUUGGGAGCCUGUCAGCCCUGGUUUACCAGCACUCCAUCACUCCACUGGCUCUGCCCUGCAAGCUCGUUGUUCCCAGUCAAGAUCCAGUGGAUAAAACCCCUGAACCAGCGGCACUGACAAACUCAGCCACAGAGCUGUUGAAGCAGGGUGCAGCGUGCAAUGUUCUGUUUGUAAAUUCGGUGGACAUGGAGUCUCUGACAGGGCCACAAGCGAUUGCAAAGGCCAUCUCGGGGACCCUGAGCACCCAGCCACAGCCCACUGCCACCGUCGUUCAUUUCAAAGUGUCCUCGCAGGGGAUAACCCUGACCGAUAAUCAGAGAAAGUUGUUCUUCCGACGUCAUUAUCCCAUCAGCAGUGUUACAUUCUGUGAUGUCGAUCCACAGGAGAGAAGGUGGACAAAGACUGAUGGAAGCUCCUCGAAGCUCUUUGGAUUUGUAGCCCGAAAGCAGGGCAGCACCACGGACAACGUCUGCCACCUGUUCGCUGAGAUGGAUUCCAACCAGCCGGCCAGCGCCAUCGUGAAUUUUGUCUCCAAGGUCAUGAUCGGCUCGCAGAAGAGAUGAACGCCCGUCACUCUCCCUGAAAAACAAAGACAGCAAAAUAACUUUAGGGGCGAGGGGAGAGGAGAAGGACUUGGAGAUGGGUUGGAGAGGGAGACAGCGGAAGUGAUGGGUGGCGAUGGGGACUGGGACGCUGGGGGAGGGGAAGAGGGCGGAUCUUGUAAAAUGCGCAGUCUGAAGAGGUAAUGGCAGUGCUUCUGGUUGAAGGACAACUGACUAAUGAGCAAUGUUUCUGCUGGAGCUGUAGGAGUAACCAUGUGGCAUGAUGCAGGAGGCCAUGAGCUGUUUAAUCGUGACUCUUUAACUGGCUUUAAUCAAUCGCUCGCACACUGCAUGACUUUUCCACGUUUGCAUGGUUUACCAAUUUCCCCUUUCGAACAAGAAACUCUCCCAGCACCCCCACACAAUCCCCACUGCCGGCCCCCAAACCACUGACCUCCUGAGUGGCUCAGAGGGACUGGUCCCACCCUGAGCUCCCCAGGGCACAGGGUAGCAGCAGGUGGGAAGCUCUGCUCACCGCGCUGAUGUGUAUGCACUGCGAGAGGCCACCGGUCCUCCAGUUUCAGUGACCCUCGAUUCUGUCCAGGAGUCACAACUGUGUGGGAGACGAGGGCGAGAGGCUGAUGCCUCUCGGGGAGAGGGUGGGAAGUGACCGGCAGUCUGCACCUUAUCCAGGUUCCCUGGGCUCCCAGCACUUACGACUGUUCUCUCACCCGCUGUGUCCCGAGACGCCCCUGCCCCUCCCACACGUCUCUCUCCCUCCAGCUGUUUACCACUGGAGCCACCCACAUCCUUCACCAUGACCCAUCUGCACAUCAGGCCCCUCGGGGUGCCACAGCAUCGGUGCCCUGACACACUCAGCACCAGCGCAGUGCUGUUGGGACCCUGGGGCCUAAACUAUCCACCCAGCUGACAUGGGUUCAAAUCCCAUCAUGGCCACUCGAGGAACUGAAUCCAGUUUAAAUAAAUUUGGAUGUAGAGAUCUAGUUUGGGUAACAUUGGGAAAUUGUUGUAAAGACCCAGAUACCCUUUAUGGGAGAAGAUGUCUGCUUGUAGUCUGUCUGGAUUUACGUGCGUGGCUCCAUCCCCACAGUAACAGUCCAACUGUACGCUGCCCUGUGAGGCUCCCCCCUGCUGGAUGAGGUAACCCACUGAGAUCAAACCCACUACCACCUUCCCAGGGUGUACCCCAUCUGAUAAUGUGGCCACCCCCUCCCAUACCCCUCUCAGCCGCCCUCUGCACAGAGCACCUUGAGUUGUCGAACAGCUGAGUAAAAUGUCACAGAGUUAUACAGGUCUUUCAGCCCAUCUCGCCAGUGCUGACCGAGCUGUCUGUCCGAGCCAGUGCCAAAGCCUCGAGAGUGCCCCCCCACCACCAGCAGUCAGCCCCACUGAAACCCUGACUGCAGGAAACAAACCCUGCAGAUGCUGCAAGUCUGAAAUAAACCAGAGAGUGCUGGGAAAUCUCAGCAGGUCAGGCAGCAUCUGUGGAGAGAAGAACAGAGCUAACACUUCAGGUCUGAAGCACAGACCCAAAAUGUCGACUGUUCUUCUCUCUGCGCAGACGCUGCCUGACCGGCUGUGUGUUUCUGACCUGUUGCUGUAUUUAUUGGAUCAAAACAACUGUAGGUUCAGUGGAUGGUGGUUCACCCUCUGAGUCACAGCUCACAGAAUCAAAGACCUUCACCACACUAAGGAAGGCCCUUUGCUCUUUCAAUCCAUGCUAUCUCAGGAGGUGCUGCCUUCCUGAUCCCCAACCCUGCUCUGGCCUGUAGAUCUCUCAGUGCUCACCAGGUGAGGGCGGUACCUGUGUCUGACCCCUCCAGAACUGAUUGGCCAAAAUAACUCCUCUUGAACCCACCCCUGUAACCCCACCCGUGCACAAAAUCAGGUUCUGACCGCUCUGGUCCCAACCCCCUUCACCCUGUCUGACCCUCCACAUGGUUUUAUUGUGUGGGUGUGGGUGUGAUCUCCUCAGUGCUGAGGGGGUGACCUUUGCUGUGAGUCGAUCUGUCCUCUCAAGGGGAAUGUGAAGGGUGGCGAUCCUCCCCAAUGUCAUGGUUGGUGCUACUGAUCAUGCAGCCUCACGUGGACAGAUGACCCAGCUGUGUGUGGGAGCUUGCAGUGUACGGAUCUAUACCUGGGCAACUUUAUAUGGGAUCUGUGUAAAAACACUGACCUGUCACACACACACUCCUGGAACAGGGAUAGUACGUGUUGGACACAGUGAAGCUCCCUCUACACCGUCCCAUCACACACUCCCGGGGUCAGACACAGAGUGAAGCUCCCUCUACACCGACCCAUCACACACUCCCGGGGUCAGACACAGAGUGAAGCUCCCUCUACACCGUCCCAUCACACACUCCCAUGGUCAGACACAGAGUGAAGCUCCCUCUACACCGUCCCAUCACACACUCCCGGGGUCAGACACAGAGUGAAGCUCCCUCUACACCGUCCCAUCACACACUCCCGGGGUCAGACGCACAGUGAAGCUCCUACACCGACCCAUCACACACUCCCGGUGCACAGUUAGAUACAAAUUUCCCUCUCCAUGAUCUCAGAACACAGCUUUAUUUGUGCAGCUGUGUCAGCUUCCCAGCACUUACACAAUUACAGCAGUGAGAUUAUUUCCUGAGAAUACUGAUUUCCCCAAAUCAGCCUCGUUAAUUGGAGGCAGUGGAACUUCCCCAGGGUAGGAAAUGUGGUUCUGGAUCUGCAGCUACUGCUGCCCUCUGGUGUCAGACACACGACCACAGACACCACUGCAACAUUACCCACACAGUGAACAUUUCACUCUGCAGCUCCCUCCAACAAAACACCCGGUCUGAUACCUCCCGAUUCAGUGCAGAUUUCACUGCCAAAUAUCAAUGAAUUAUUGUUAACACACGGUAUAACUCCACCGUCGGACUGACCCAACACCUAAUGGACUUUUCUCUGAAGCUCAGUUUGCCACACUGCAGAACCCCAUCAGCCUGACAGCCACUAACACAAGCAUCAAACUUUACGUAUAUAAGGUGCGCAGAAAUAUGUAUAAAAAUUUGCUUUACGUAUAUUAAAACUUGGAAUGGAUUGUAAAGGUGAUUUCUUUCAGAAAUAUCAAGUUGUAUCACAGAAGUGUGCAGUGGUACAGGAUGCAGUCUCUGCUGUGGAUUGGUGUGAGGCAGAGCUGGCAGAGGGAGGCAGCCCUGCACUGGUUGAUGAGAAUACAGAGGCAGGAGGAGGACGGGAGCCUCACUCGGGGUUUGAACUGGCACUGGCUACAGUGGGCUACAGUUGGGGGCAAGUGGUCAGUUUCUGUGAGCCUGUUCACUACCUUAGAAAUCUGUCUGGGUAUAAGUAUACCUGGGUUGGUAACAUGGAGUCAGUCCCCCAGUGAAGGUCAGUGUGUGUGGAACCUGUCCCCCACUGAGGGUCAGUGUAUGUGUGUGUGUGGGACCCGUCCUCCAGUGAGGGUCACUAUGUGUGGGACCAUCCCCCAGUGAGGGUCAGUGUGUGUGGGACCGUCCCCCAGUGAGGGUCAGUGUGUGUGGGACCCACCCCCCAUUGAGGGUCAGUAUGUGUGGGACCAUCCCCCAGUGAGGGUCAGUGUGUGUGGGACUGUCCCACAGUGAGGGUCAGUGUGUGUGGGACCGUCCUCCAGUGAGGGUCAGUGUGUGUGGGACCGUCCCACAGUGAGGGUGUCCUCAAGCUGAGUUGACAACUGUACAUCUGUUAACCACUGUUUUACACUGGUCUGAUCAGCAGUGAAUCCAGCUCCAUUGGCCUGGCUUGGUGUGCAUACCAGAAAUAUAUCAUUUUAAAUAUAUCACAAGUUUCUGCUUAUCGAUUCUGAUCAACAAUAAGAGAAAUUUUAUGAAAUAUUUAUUGUAUUCCUGGUUUCCUUCCCUGGUGUUUAUUGGACUCCUGUAUAAAAGGUUGUGUAUAUCAAAAAUACUGCUAAACAGAAUUAUUUUCAAUGUAAAGGAGAAAUUGGUUAGAAUAAAGAGCAAAUUGGAAGAUAGAGAGAGAGAGCUGGAAACUGCUCCACAUAUAUUGUAUGUAAUGUUUGUAUGUUAUUGUUGGGGAAUGUUACCACUCAUCUUAUGCACAUAUUAAUAUAUAUUUACUGGCUGG